AUGUCUGCCACAGCUCGGCAUGUGAUGUCGAGCAUCCCUCCGAUGUUCAAAGGCAAAGCAAUAAAUGCAACAAAAUUAGGAGGCGAAAAACACACCAACGACAAAAUCCAGGGUUUCAAAACUCAAAACAAUCGAACAGGCGGAAGAUACCUUGAUCAGUUCAAGCAUCAGGCCAUUGUCGACCUUCACGAACUCUGCGUCGAAUUCCUUCAGCUUGUCCUCGUCUUUCUCCUCUACGUGGCGCCGGCAGUACUCAAUCACCUUCGAAAGCACCUUGGACGAGACGUUUGGGAGCGGGAUGGCGUUGGCGGCGCAGCCGUCCUCGAUCAUGUGCUUUAUCGUCUGCGACUCGCCGGCGACCGACUCAUCCACCUCGAACAGCUCCCCGUCGGAGAAAAUACGAGUCCAGAAAGCGAGGGAUUGGGGUUAUGA